AUGGCCCAUGCAUCCGUAUCUGCACUGGAUUUGGGGGGCGAGAAACAGUUGUUACAGUUUUUUCCCGAACCUGUCCGACUUCACCUGCUCUACAAGGUGCCCCACCAUGGAUUUAAUAUGAGCGAUUUGAUUUCUAAAUUCGAUCAAGAGGGAAGAUUCGUCGUAAUCGUUUAUUUGGAAUCCGGCACGAUGAAGGGGGGAUAUAUGAGUAAACGACCUGGUUUUUAUUGCAAAGAGGACAGAGGGGCAUUUGUCUUCGAAAUAGACCAUCAAAAAGCAAACGUCUUUCCUGUCGUGAAGCACCGUAAUUCAAUCAUUUUUAAUAGAGAAAAAAUAGGCUUUGGGGGUUGCCUAAACAUUUACAGCAAUAAGGACCAAACACUCUGUGUUGAUGUGGGGUUCGAUGAUACCUACACACCCACCGAUUGGAGUGACGAGUUUGAGGUGCCCUUCAUGGUUGUGGAGUUGCAUCGCAUUCAAAGUGUUGGAGAUGUGCUGCUGAACCCUUGGAGGGAGCUGUCGUGGACUGAGAAAGAGAGGGGGUCACUGAGGAAGAAUCUGGUCUCCUUCAAACCGGCCUGCCAGUCUCUGAACCAAGUCAGAGUUCUGCUGAUGGGUCCUCCUGGGUCAGGAAAAUCCAGCUUCAUCAACUCUGUCAGAUCUGUGAUGUUCGGAAGAGUCCUUCUCCUGCCUUUUAUUGGCACUGCAACAAAGGGCUUCAUCAAGAAGCUAAAGUCAUAUGACAUCCGGUCAGAGAGAGGAGGGAAGCCCACAGCUCUGACCCUGUGUGAUGUGUUGGCUCUGGGGGACGGUGAGACGACUGGCCUGACCGUCCCAGACGCACUGGCUGUCAUCAACGGGCACGCUCCCGAGGGACACAAGUUUCAAAGUGAAUCGCCCAUCAAAGCUGAGACUUCAGGUUACAGACCUGUUCCAUCGGUAAAUGACCAAAUCCAUUGUGCGGUGUUUGUUUUGAAUGCCUGCCAAGUCAUGACCACCAGUGAUGACCUUACAGAGACACUGAGGACACUUCAAGCUGAAAUCUCAGACCUAGACAUCCCCCAGGUGGUUCUGUUGACCCAUGUGGACCAGAUGUGUCAUGCCGUCCAAGAGGAUGUGAAGUUUGUCUACUCCAGCCGGAUCCUACAGGAGAAGAUGCAGAAGGCAGCAGAGGUGGUGGGUUUGCCAGUGUCCUAUGUGCUUCCAGUUAAGAACUAUUCCAGUGAGUUGUCUGUGAGCUGCAACACUGACAUCCUGCUGCUGAGUGCAGUUCAUCACAUUCUCCAAGCUGUGGAUGACACAUUUGAGGAUUACUGCCCUUCAACCCCUGCAGAUGCCAGUCCAGUGACGGUUUAAUGUUUGAUAAGUAACUGGGUAGAAAGGUGUUGUGCUGCAAUGCAUGUGUCAUUAGCAGUGUUGGGAGUAGUUACUUGAAAAGGUAAUAUUACAUGAAAGUAACGCAUUACUUGUUAUAUUACUUUGUGUUGCUUUUAUGAAAAUAUAUCUCAAAACCUUAUAGUUUGUUUAACUUUCUGAGCCUCAGAGGGAGGGAGGUAAGCCACGCACACUCUACAAAAGAUAGGUUCAUCUAAUUAUUUUUUUCUCUCCUUCAACCCAAUCAGGAACAUCUUGGUCACAACUAUUUCCUAAGUGGUGUAGUCUGAUCUAUUCACUGAUGUAUUUAUGUUUGCAUUGAAGAUUUAUACCAAAUUAUAGGUAGCCUCUCACACAAGACAACCUUUUUAUGCACUGUGAGAUGCACAGGAGGUUGUUGGCUCCUUAAUUGGGGAGGACGGGCUUGUGGUAAUGGCUGGAGAGGAGUAAGUGCAAUGGUAUCAAAUACAUCAAACACAUGGUUCCAUGCAUUUGAUGCCAUUUAAUUUGUUCGGUUCCAGCCAUUAUAAGGAAUAGUCCUCCCCUCCGCAGCCUCCACUGGUGAGAUGUAGGCUAAGCAUUGUUGUUUUCAUCCAUUUUAAAAUCAAGAAAAUAUAGCCCUACUUUUCUGUAAAUUCUACCAUCUAAAUCAAUCAUUCCAUGUGUCCUCCUUUGACUUGAUAUAAAACUAAUUGUACAAAUUGAUAAUCCACAAGCUGCAGCCAUAUUCCAGCGCACUGAUCAUAAAAUUGAAAGUCUGUCGAAACAAUGCGCAAUGGUAAUUUAUAGUCUAUAUGCAUAGGCACUAGGCAUACAUACAGAACUACGAGCAGACCAUGCUAUUUGCUGAAUCAUUUCAUGAAGAUGGAUAAUUUGGAACAGGGAAAUCAUUUUAAGAGAGUCUGCUGUCAGAUAAAUUCCCUCGCAUUGGGAAAGUUAAACUAAUUCAAAAAUAAAGGUAGAAAAAUAGGAAUCUACUAUUUAUGUCAUCCAAUGAAAUGGAUGUUGUUGCACAACCGAGCCUAUUAUAUAAGCAAAACCUCUGUGUUUCCUUUUCAAUCGCAAUAUGCCGCCAGUGCGACCAUUGCAUAGAGCGCACACUUGCCACGAGACGGUGAAACCCUCUACUGGAUUUGCUAUCACAGAAGCGAUCAAUGGCAAAUAUCAGAGGUGCGCCCUCUAUCAAUUUUUAUUGACAGCUGUCGUGACAAUUCUCCAAAUAGCUUUCUCCGCUCGCCGGAGGACCAAAUGACGAAACAAGUCCAGAUCAGAUCAUGGAAACGGUGGGGAAAUAUUUUCUGAAUAAGUAACGCUUUACUUCCCCAACAUCGGUCAUUAGAAGAUGUUUGUAAUGUCUAUGUAUGUCUUUAAAUGGUACUGUGAGCUUUCUCAUGGAUUUAAAUGGGGUUCAUAGGUUGGUAUUUUUCAAGAUACUGUCUUUCACCAUUGUUGUUUUUUUCUGCUCUGUUUCAAAUGUCAUUAACUCAGUUUUUGUUGAAACCUCCUAAUGCCUCUUAGGUUAUUUUAAACAACUCGCCAUUGGAGUACAGUCAACAUAAUAGUCAUUGCAAUAUAAAAAUGUAGAACAAACUAUUGUUUUGUACUUAACAGCUAGCCAUCAACGUGCUUCUGAUCAUUGGAAAUAUGAAAAUGUUAAAAAAAAUAUGUAUUUCAAUAAAAUGUCUACUUGUUCCAAA